ACGUAUAUAUAUAUAAAUAAUGCCGCGGCCACUACUUAACUGGAUGAUCCCACAACGGAAGUGAUUAACACCGAUGCUAGCCGCGCUCUUCUUAAGCCGCGCGCGCAUAGCUCCCCCACUAGCCGAACUAUAGUCACACGCGGUCACGCACGCACGCUUGUUCUGGGCCGCCGUCGAGGGGCCGGGCAUGAAAGCGACGACCAAGAAGAAGAGGCAGAAGAAGGCGCCAGCGCGCGGGUUCAUGUGCGGCUGCGGCGGCGCCAAGUCGGUCUCCACCGUCUCCCGCGCCGCCGUCAGCAUUUGCGCUGUCACGACGACGCCGAUGAAAGCCACCACCUCAACGGCAGCGCCCGCGCUGAAGCCAGCGUCGCCGUCCGCAGCCAAGACGGCGGCUGCCGUGGCGGGCCGCCGCGACGCCGACGCCGCCAACGCUGAGGGCUCGCCCAGCGUGGACUCGCUGCUGCGGCAGCUCCGCGAGCUGGAGCGCGGCGUGCGCGCGCUGGGCGUCCGGGAGCGGGAGGGCGGCGGCGGCGGCGGCGACGGCAGCGAGCCAGGAGCGACAAGGCCGCGGCGGCACGGGCGGAGCGCCAGCGACUGGGGCGUCGGGCGGCUGGAGUCCGAGAGCGUGGCGGUGGUGACGGAGUCGGAGGACCCGCUGGGCGACUUCCGGCGGUCGAUGGUGCAGAUGAUCGUGGAGAACGGGAUCACGGGCGGCGCCGAGCUGCGGGGGCUGCUGCAGCGGUUCCUGUCGCUGAACGCGGCGUGCCACCACCACCUCAUCCUCCGCGCCUUCGCCGACGUCUGGGAGGAGCUCUUCGCCGGCGGCGGCCACGCGCACGCGCACGCGCCGGCGCCGGCGCCACCUCUCCCCGGCGCGGAGAAGAUCUCGUCGUCGUACUCGUACAGCAGUAUAGCUAGCAGCAGCAAACGCCGUCCACAUGCACAGCCGGCGGCCGGCGCUGACACGUUGACCCGCAGCCGCCCUGUAAGCUAAUUUCCUUCACCUCGGGAGCUGUUGCUGUCCGAAAUACGCAGCGUACUGCUUGUACAUGGCUUGCACGCGUGACUUUCUGUGCCGUGACAAGAAGAAAUCUGUGCUCCAUCCCCGUGAGUUUCU